AUGCCGUGUGGGUCGGUGGAAGAUUGUGCGGCCUGUCUAAUGACGUUGUUUAUGGAUUACGCCUACUCGCCUGCACACCACUACAACACUCGACGCUCCCCUCAGGUCGCCGUCCCUAGCAAGUUGCGCGCGGAGAUCUUGGUGAAGGAAACCGUAUGUGCUCGUGACCACAACGGAAAACGUUUGCAUCCGUAUGUGUUCGAAGGCGACCGAUGGAGCUCGAUUCGCGCGCACAUUGUCGCACACUGCUCAACCCAUAUGAGUCCAAAAGCAUCAUAUGUUCCGCGGUUUCUACCCCCUCUGUAAAGACAGCUUUUGCCUAGCUGUUGCGGUCGAGAUGCCCACGCGUCUCAAACCGAUCGAUCCAAUUUGAAAUCGUUGAUGCUGACUUGUUGAACACGUGGCAAUCGUCAUUCCAAUGUGGUACUACGCAUAGAGCGCAUGUGCGAUGGUGUUCUUCGAGGCAUGCUCCGACGCCACGUACGCAAGAGGAAACAUGUCC